UUUCAGGUUGUAUUAAAAGCAGACUCUACGACGACAUGCAAGCAAUUAAAUGUGUCGUCGUCGGAGACGGUGCCGUGGGUAAAACGUGCCUUCUAAUCAGUUACACCACAAAUGCUUUCCCGGGCGAAUAUAUUCCAACAGUUUUCGAUAAUUAUUCGGCCAAUGUUAUGGUCGAUGGGAAACCAAUCAAUUUGGGUUUGUGGGAUACUGCCGGUCAGGAAGAUUACGAUAGAUUGCGACCACUCAGUUAUCCACAAACUGAUGUUUUCUUAAUAUGCUUUUCACUAGUAAAUCCAGCUUCUUUCGAAAAUGUGCGUGCAAAGUGGUAUCCCGAAGUUUCUCAUCAUUGCCCAAAUGCGCCAAUAAUAUUGGUGGGAACAAAAUUGGACCUAAGGGAAGAUAACGAAACCGUUGAAAGACUUCGUGAUAGGCAUUUAGCUCCGAUUAGUUAUUUGCAAGGACUGUCAAUGUCGAAAGAGAUUAAUGCUGUGAAGUACUUGGAAUGUUCAGCAUUAUCGCAAAAGGGUUUGAAGCAAGUAUUCGAUGAAGCCAUCCGAGCUGUUCUGAUUCCUCCACCGAAGCCUAAACGGUCAAGGAAAUGUACUAUAUUUUGAAUUUGGAAAAAUGACGAGCUUGCAAAACGAUUUUUGUGUAUGUUCAUUGGUGGCCAAUUACUUACCAUACAUGAAGAGCGAACUGAUUUGCACAUAUAUUCGAAUAAUAUCAUGUAAAAGAUUAUUAUGAUGCUUUAUCAACUACUGACAUUUACAUUAUGUGUACAGGAACCAUUCUCUUGAAAUUGAUAAAAGUGAGACUAUAUUGCAAAACAUCAGCAUUUAUUGAAUAUUUCAAAUAUGUAUUUCCUUUUUUCCACCUAAAAAGUUGUCUUCUUUAUCCAUUUCCUUCUUGGUUGUUUGUUUUUGCUCAAGAUUCUUGAGUGUUGUAAAAUGUUACGUCUUUUUCGUAUGAAGCAGUUGGCCAAUGAAUGUUUUCUGAAACUUAGCUUGUUUUUCAAAACUUAGUCCAUCAUACGCAAUCAUCCAAUUUCCAAAAUUUAGAUUAAUUGUUGUGCAGAAAUCAGUAAGGAUUAGGCCGCCCGGUGUACAGUUGUGCCACCACCAGGAAACGGUUUACUUUUCCUUUUUGAUUUAACAAAUUGUUAUCAUAGAAACAUGAAUUGUUCUUUUUAUCGUGCUACAUUGGUUUAAUUUAUUGUAACAGGUAGCAAAAAGUAUGUUUUAUUGCUAAUAUCUCUUUUUGACAGUUGUGGUUUCAACUUUUAUUUUUGAAACUAUGUUAGGGUUUUCACUUAUUGUUUCUCCGCCUCUUGAAUCUUUUUUUAGAAGUAAGAGUGAAAUAAUGAAUAUUUUUU